CAUUCUGCAUAUUUUUAAUUUUGACUGCAUACCUAUUUCUGCUGACCCACUUUGCGCAAGUUGGGAAUAAACCAGCGCCAGGCUUUAUUUUUUGACGCUGAGGAUUGAAGGCUCACAGGGGAUUUCUGUUCCACAUAUUUGACUUUUGCCUCAAACGUGGAGGCAGAACGACAUUCUGUGUGAUAUAUUUUUAUUUAUUUAUUUAUUUAUCUUCAUCCAGGCCUCCGCUAAGAGGAAGAAGCGAGAAGAAUGUGCAGGAUGGCGUGGAGACGGCGGUGACCGUGGGGGGGUCUGUGCAGAGCAUCCAGCAUGUUUUGUCGUUUAGCAGAAAGUUCCAGUAAAGCAAGGGAGACGUUUCCCAGGCUGUCAGGAGAGAAGUGAGCUGUGUGCCCCAGGAAACUGUGAACGGACAGAAAGAGAGAGAGAGAGUGAGGAAGAGAGAGAGGGUCAUGACCACCUCUCUCCACCUGGACCUCCUGCUGCUCCUGCUGGCCUGCUGGCAAACACCAAUGAUGGCUGGAGGAACUGUGCCAGCAGCCCCGGUGAACGUAUCGGUGACCCAGCUGAGGGCGCACUCUGCCACCGUGACCUGGAAUAUUCCUCAGGGAGACACUGUCAUUGGAUACGCCAUCUCACAGCAGAGGCAGGAUGGCCUGAUGCAGCGCUCCAUCCGAGAGGUAAACACAUCCAGCCGCUGGUGUGUGUUGUGGGAUCUGGACGAGGACACACACUACAGUGUCCAGGUGCAGUCCGUCGGGCCUCACGGCGACAGCCAACCCAGCCGCACCGUCCACUUCAGGACGCUGGAGAGGAGCGACCAUUACCCAGCAGGAGUCCUCGACCACCAUGAACCUGCAAUGGAGGGUCUGGGCAUGACUCCUCACCUGCAGACAGGAGAGCUGCUCAUUAUCACCACUGUACUGCUGCUUUGGGCAGCCGUCAUCGCCCUGUUCUGCCGACAGUACGACAUCAUCAAAGACAACGACUCCAACGGCACAAAGGAGAAAGCCAAGCGGCCGUUGGUGCGCGCCACUUCCUCUUACUACAACACUUCCUCCCACAGCUCACCCAUCUGCCACAACGGAGCCGUGCGCAGCAGCAAGCUUCACAGAGCCUCCUCUUCCAUCAGCAUCAUCAGAGUUUGAGGAGUGUUUGUUUUGGGACUCGGCGCCUACCUGCUGCAGGCGGGGCUGGAAGUGAGGCGCCGCAGGCCUGAUAAACAACUUCAUUACACCUGAGGAGCUGCGGCGGGAUUGAAAGGACAAAUUAAAUAAUACAUCUGCUAAAAAGUCUUUAUUAUUGGAUAAGGACAAAAUUAAGACUCUUUCAAAUUCAAUGACAAAUUCAGUAGGACCACAGAUACAGACACAUCAAACUGUGGUGGAGCUACCUAUUGCCAUCUAGUGGCAGAAGACUAUUAAAGCAUUUACUCGAACGGAAACGGCUAUGUACUGACCUCUUGUGGCAGAAGAACGUUAUAGCAUUUCAGUGACUUUUGGUGUCCAACAAACUGGACUCACAUGAGCAGCAACCAGCAUUACGGCAAUGGAGGAAUCCAGUGCAACUCGGCAACAACACGGCAACAUAUUUUGACUUGAUUUCCCGUUGACAUGUGCAGAAAUGUUUUCCGGUUUUCCUUAUUCUCUCAGAUAUCAAACACUCGAGUGUACAUUCGCCAGCAUGUCGGCCUGCUGUCCUGUAUGCUGAUUUAUUUAUUGAUUUUGCAACACAUCUGUGUGUGUCUACUCUGAGCCAGCACACAUUUGUGUUACUCUUGCACACAUUGCCUACUAGAAAACUAGUUUUUGAGUAUGUGUCGUCUGAAAUGAUGCAUCCUUUUCAAGAGUGUAGAAUCACGUCGGCCAUCGAUUUAGCAUACGAAUGCAAGAAGAGUGUGUGUGCGUUGUGUGUGUGCAUGCAUUUGACUAAAUUCUUGUUGUGUAACCACUCAAUUAACACAAUUUUUCUUUGUGAUUGCAGCCAUUUAACCACACUGCACCCAUAUUGCUUCAUAUUCGGUCACUAGAUGUACAGUACUAACAUGUAAAACAGUGUAAUAUAUGUAAUAUGAACAUGUACAUAACAGCAGAAAGAUAUUCAGAGGUUAUACAGGGCAAAUGUAAUUCAAAUUGUGGAAUGUGAAGGAGGUCAGGAUCUGAUGUGAAUAUUUCAUUUAUUAUUAAAGCUGCACUAGGCAAAAUUUGUAUGUAAAAACACAUACCUCACCGGCCUGAAUCACAAACUGGGGUCACGACAGAGGAGAAGACUUUGCCCCAUUUGUUGAAACGGAAUUUUAAAGUUGAGUAUGUGCACUGGUGGACAGCAAGGGAUGAAUAUUGCUUCAGUCUCUUUUUUUUAUUAUUAUUUUUAGUAGAGGACUUCCACAUGCAUUUAACCCUUCAAAACCAAAGCA